GCUUCCAGGAGAGCAGCUUCCUCCUUGUGCGCUGCCCAUCUAUGGAGAGGCUGUUAAAGAGAACGGUGACUCUGGAGAGCCUGAUCAUAUGUCCCUACUGGAUGCUGAGAGAGAAGUGCUGUCCUAUCAAAAUGAAGGAAAAUAACCCCAAAAAGAUCAUCUUUAAAAAAAACUUUCACAUUCACUGAAAAAACUCUGUGAAUUGUCUCAUUACACUGCAUUACCACUGCUUUGACAAUGGGGAGUGAUUUAUGGCUCGUUUGCAGCAGGCGGCUGAGGCUCAGAGUAUUCUCAACCAAUGGAGGAAGAAGAGGAACAGAAAGAGCAAGAAGAAAGAAGAUCAAGAUGACAACCUGCUGACCAUGAAAGCUUGUUCUCCACCGGAGGAAGAGUUUGUGGACAUCUUUCAGAAAAUCAAGUACUCGCUCAGUCUGCUGUCUUCCUGGAUGGGUGGCGACCUCAGGCUUAUGGCUCAAAUGGCCAACCUUUGGAAGAUCCCAUCAAGUCCCAACCCAAACAAGAUGCUCACAGCGAACGCAGGGCGGCACAGGCUCUGCAGGAACAAGCUCAGCAGGCACUGGAGAGUCACGGUCCAAGCAAUGAGGACGAAGACGAAACCACACUUCCACCUGAAGGUGAACGGCUCUACUGCUGCAGUUACGACUUUUUGGCGAGGAACAGCAGCGAGCUUUCGGUGCUCCAAGGAGAAACACUCGAGGUAAUCGAGUCCUCCAAACGGUGGUGGAAAUGUCGUAAUCAUUUUGACCAGAUUGGAUUUGUUCCCUUUAACAUCCUGGAGCCUCUGUCGGCUCUGAAUCACACAGG